UGUAUCUGACUGCUGUGUUGACUGUAACGUGUGAGACGGUGUUUUCUCCUCUCUAGAGACCUGGAUUCAUUCUGAUGGUAGAUGAUGAGACAGGCAACCAUGGAUUUCAGUACUCCAUCUGUGUUUGAUCAACAAAAAGGUGAUUCAUCUGAAGAAGUUGAUCUGACCAUGGUUUAUCAGGCAGCAUCUAACGGAGAUGUCAGUGCUCUGACUGCUGUGAUUCGGGAAGACCCUUCCAUCCUAGAAUGCUGUGACCGUGAAGGAUGUACACCCUUAAUGCAUGCGGUUUCUGGACGUCAAGUGGACACAGUGAAGCUGCUGUUGAAGAUGGGAGCCAAUAUUAACACACAGGAUGCUUAUGGCCGCACGAGUCUCUGCCUGGCAACCUAUCUGGGAUGGCUGGAAGGCUGUGUGAGUCUACUCAGAAAUGGUGCCAAGCACAAUAUCCCAGAUAAAAAUGGCCGUCUGCCACUGCACGCUGCCACUGCUGAGCCUGAUGUGAGGCUCCUAACAGUCCUGGUGCAACAGUCAAACCUCAGCGAGAUUAAUCACCAGGACAAUGAGGGGAUGACAGCACUCCACUGGGCAGCUUUCCACAACCAGCCUCAACACACCCAAAUGCUGCUGAAGAAGGGGGCAGACCCUACCCUUGUGGAUAAAGACUUUAAAACAGCUCUCCACUGGGCAGUCCAGAGUGGAAAUAGAAUGCUGUGUUCCAUCAUUCUGAGCCAUCACCAGGGUCCGUCCAUAAUCAACUACGAUGAUGAGAGUGGCAAGACAUGCGUGCACAUCGCCGCAGCAGCGGGUUUCUGCGACAUCAUCAAUGAGCUGGCAAGAGUCCCUGAGUGCAACCUGCAGGCUCUGGAUGUGGACGACAGGACACCUCUGCACUGGGCUGCAGCUGCAGGGAAAGCAGACUGUGUGCAGUCACUGCUGGAGCUGGGAAUGGACAGCAACCUGCGAGACAUCAAUGAGAGCACGCCCCUGGCCUAUGCCCUGUACUGCGGCCACACCGACUGUGUCAAGCUCCUCUCCCAAGAGAGCAGAACAGAGCCUCCUAGACCCCUUCCUGCCCAGAACAGUAGACCCCAGAAAAAGGAGGGACGAUUCGGCAUGCUCAAUCAAAUCUUCUGCAAGAACAGAAAGGAAGAGCAGAGGGCCUAUCAGAAGGACCCCAGCAGGGACUGGCACAGGGGGGAGCACACCUCGGAAGUCGAUGACAUCAUCACCACCUUUGACAGCAACGUGGAUACCAACUGCCAAGAGCAGCCUGGUGAGCAGGUGGCUAUGGUUGAGUUUAAGAAGAGGACCUCAGAAAACUCAAAAUAUCACUUGUCAGAAAAGAAGCCUCUGGCCCGUAAAGGGCUUCCACCAAUCAGAACACAGAGCCUCCCACCCAUCACCCUGGGCCAUAAUUUCCUGACAGCCUCCCAGGGGGCCACUUCCCAUGCUGGCCUGAGCUCUGGUACUCAUCAUGCGGCUCAGAGAUCUCAGAAAAGCCGAAGUGAGCAAGAUUUGUUGAAUAACAGAACUGGCUGCCAGGCAUUGCUAGAUAACUCUUGGAAAGGUGAUUCUCACCCGGUGCUCUGUAAAGCCUGGACUAUGUCUUCAUCUGACAAGCUGCUAGACAGGUUGCUUACCAGCAGAUCUGGCCACCAGGAAGUAUCAGGGCCCCCACAUCUUCCUCAUCUACCUAAUCCUUCAUCAGGACAAAAUUUUCAGCAUCUCUCCCCAAACAGACCCAAAAUCAGAGAUCUUCCUUUUACUCGGAACAACCUAGCUCCCCUACCAGACCAAAAAUUUCUGUCUGGAGAACCUCUACGGACCAACCGAGUGCUUCCUGCUAUUCCAAGCCAGCGGGGACACAGUCCACCAGCCGAAGAGAGUGAAAACUCUGCCAGUUCCACCAGUGAUGCAAACUAGCUGUGGGUCACUGAUUGUGAAAAUAUAGACAAGAUCUAUUUUCAACUGUCAAAGAACAAGAUUACUCUAGUUCAUAAGAACAAAGACUGAUCUAGUAAAUUGCAUUCUAUAAGCCAUUCAUGGCUUUAUAACUCAAAGUUCUUUGUUCCACAUAAGCACUUAGAAUCUUUGAUUGUGUAUAUUUUGUAAGUCUGUGAGUUUCUGUGACCUCUACAAGCCAAAAUAAAAAGUCGCAGUAUGUUAUCAGCAGGGAA